GUUUUCUAGAGGCUAUAAUAGGGACUUUGCCAACAAAAUAUAUUGUUGAAAUCUAAUGAAAGCACUUAUCCUUUUUUUAAUAUUUAUUUUAAUUAAAAAAUGCAUUGACCCUUUCAGUGUGAUGAACUGACGAGUGAUGACUAAUGACUGACGAGCGACUGUGAGGGGAUGAGAGUGAGAGUGAUAGUUGAUUGUUGACUUUUUCGAUUUUUUUCAUUACUUAACUGUACACAAAAAUGGAAAAAUAAUAGAGUCCCCAAAAUUCGCCAAAAUCGCCAACUGGCGCCGACAUUAAAAAACAGCGCUAAUCUUGGGCGCCAAGUCGCCAAAAUGGCGAUAAAUCGCCAAAUCUGGGCACCCUGCUAACGACACAAAAAUAUAAAUACGUAAUCAUCGAUAUACCGAUAAUCCUUCAAAAAACUGCUACUCCUACGGCCAAAAUCUUCCGAGUUUCACCAUAAAUGCACUAUUAUCUUUUCGCUUUAUUGGCUCUACUGUUUGCCAUCGCUGUCAUCAUUCCUAACCUCAAUAUAGAUUUCGCGACACAAAAACCCGAUCAAAACCCCAACAUGAGCGAAAGCAGCAAAAAUAAGUACUCCAUUUUACUACCCACGUACAACGAAGUAGAAAAUCUACCCAUUAUAAUAUGGCUGAUUGUCAAAUACAUGAAUGAAAGCGGUUAUGAUUACGAAGUGAUAAUCAUCGAUGACGGCAGCCCCGAUGGAACUCAGGACGCCGCUAAACAACUCCAAAAAAUCUACGGAGAAGAGAAAAUUUUGUUAAAACCCCGAGAGAAGAAGCUGGGUUUGGGAACGGCGUACAUCCACGGCAUGAAGCACGCAACUGGGAACUUUAUUCUUAUUAUGGAUGCGGAUUUGAGUCAUCAUCCGAAGUUCAUUCCACAGUUUAUCAAGAAACAACAAUCUAAAGACUAUGAUAUCGUUUCUGGUACGCGGUAUAUAGGGGACGGGGGAGUGUAUGGCUGGGAUUUCAAGAGGAAGUUGAUUUCGCGAGGAGCUAAUUUUUUGACGCAGUUGUUGUUGAGGCCUGGGGCCUCAGAUUUGACUGGCUCUUUUCGGUUAUAUAAAAAAGAUGUUUUGGAAAAGUUAAUCAAAAGUUGUAUUUCGAAAGGGUACGUUUUUCAGAUGGAGAUGAUUGUGAGGGCUCGGCAAUUUAGUUACAGCGUGGGGGAAGUGCCGAUUUCUUUUGUGGAUAGGGUGUACGGGGAAUCGAAAUUGGGAGGCUCUGAAAUAUUCCAGUUCGCGAAAGGUUUGCUUUAUUUGUUUGCAACUACUUAAAUUUAUCUAUAUAUGCAAUUAUUUGUAUUUUUUUUAACAAGAAUAAAAUUAUUUUUAAUUAGUGAAGCAGA